GAGAGAGAGAGAGAGAGAGCCACUGGAGGAGCGUACAGACAGACGGGAGGACUGCUUGAGGAGCGCACCGGGUCUUUGGACAGCAGGAAGACGCUCGCCGCUGAAAUGGGAGUCGAAAUCGAGACAAUCAAGCCGGGAGACGGAAGGACCUUCCCCAAAAAAGGCCAGACGUGUGUGGUGCAUUAUGUGGGCACCCUGACGGAUGGAACAAAGUUUGACUCAUCCCGCGACAGGGAUAAGCCUUUCCGGUUCAAGAUCGGCAGACAGGAAGUGAUCCGCGGAUGGGAUGAAGGUGUGGCGCAGAUGAGUGUGGGUCAGAGGGCCAAGCUGACCUGCUCGCCGGACUACGCUUACGGAAGUAAAGGCCACCCGGGCAUCAUCCCUCCCAACACCACUCUCAUCUUUGACGUGGAGCUGAUCUAUUUGGAAUGAAGCCGACCUGCAGCCUGGUGUUUGCGCGUGUUGCUUGUCUUCACACCUGGGUGACCUGAGGAGGAUCUUGGGAAGUCUGCGCUUGAUUUAUUGUUUUCAUCAAUCUGUCUGUUUUUGUUCAGUCACACUCCUCAUCAAAACUUUGGCUCACUACUAUUUAAACCUCAUUUUACAAAAAAUAUUGCUUUGUUUAGAAUCAUGCAUUUUUCAUGAGUGUUUUUUUUUAUUUUGUUUUUUUUUAGAGUUCUGCUUGUGGAGUGUACACUGUGGAGAGUAUAAAAUGCCAAUGCAUCACUAGCAGUAAGGUUCACCAGCCGGUGUGUUCUGGUAUUAUGAAAUUAUUCAGCUUGUUUUAUCAGAAGGAAAGAUGAGCACACAUUUACUAUAUUGAAGGGUUAAAUCAUAUUAGUUUCACCUGAAUUCUAAUAAAAUGGUGCAGCACAGUAAGUGAACCUGCAACUCAAAAUGGAAAUUUCUGCUGAAAACUCCUGCAGUUAUUAUUUCUGUUAAAGUUGCAAACAGAAGAGCAAGAAGAAGCAAUUUGUGGGAGGAAAAAAACAGUCCUAGUUGUAGAUAAGCUUUCAUGUGUGCCUAAAAAUGGUUACUACCUUGCCCUGUCUGCAUGCUAUAGAUCUGAUGGCAACCUUAAUGUGUAACAAGACAAACAUCUGCAUUCAGUUUUGCAUCCUUACUGCCUUUCUAUCUCUUUAAACCCCAUUUAAAGCCAUACCUAAACGUUGCACAAGUAGGAUUGUGUUGAUGCGCAGGAAUUGGAUCCAAUCUUGUUUGAAAUGACUCUGAAAUGCUUGAAAACUUCCAAAUGUGGGCAGAGAUGACUCUCCCUGACUUUAUUUUGUGUAAUGACUUGAAUUAUACAUUUUAUUUGAUGCCAAGUUUCUAUCUUUGAGAAAUGAUAAGGCUGUCCUCUUUAGAGUCACUCUUAGUAAUCCACUGCUCCGCCCAGCAGAAAACAAUGCUGGAGUGGGGGUGGGAUGAAGAAAAAAAAAAUACAACAACAUCCAAGUGUUUUUAUACCUGACAGAACUACUUUUAAAUGGAGUUUAAAUGAACGACUAUGCUGGCUUGGCUCUCUGAUGCUGACUGUGGCUGUCGAUGUUACAUACUUGCCAAGUAUGGCAGCAGAAUGCCUGUACUCUGUAGUGGUGUGCUAAAAUGUUACUGUAUGCAGGCUACACCGACGAUGUACUUAAAAUAAAAGAAAAUAUCCUCCACCUGCC